AUGGAGCAAACAGUGCUUGUACCACCAGGACCUGACAGCUUCAACUUCUUCACCAGAGAGUCUCUUGCAGCUAUUGAAAGGCGCAUUGCUGAAGAAAAGGCUAAGAAUCCCAAACCAGACAAGAAAGAUGAUGAUGAAAAUGGCCCAAAGCCAAAUAGUGACUUGGAAGCUGGAAAAAACCUUCCAUUUAUUUAUGGAGACAUUCCUCCAGAGAUGGUGUCGGAGCCCCUGGAGGACCUGGACCCCUACUAUAUCAAUAAAAAAACUUUUAUAGUAUUGAAUAAAGGGAAGGCCAUCUUCCGGUUCAGUGCCACCUCCGCCCUGUACAUUUUAACUCCCUUCAAUCCUCUUAGGAAAAUAGCUAUUAAGAUUUUGGUACAUUCAUUAUUCAGCAUGCUAAUUAUGUGCACCAUUUUGACGAACUGUGUGUUUAUGACUAUGAGUAACCCUCCUGACUGGACAAAGAAUGUAGAGUACACCUUCACAGGAAUAUACACUUUUGAAUCACUUAUAAAAAUUAUUGCAAGGGGUUUCUGUUUAGAAGAUUUUACUUUCCUUCGGGAUCCAUGGAACUGGCUUGAUUUUACUGUCAUCACAUUUGCAUACGUGACAGAGUUUGUGGACCUGGGCAAUGUCUCUGCGUUGAGAACAUUCAGAGUUCUCCGAGCACUGAAAACAAUUUCAGUCAUUCCAGGCCUGAAGACCAUCGUGGGAGCCCUGAUCCAGUCGGUGAAGAAGCUCUCAGAUGUCAUGAUCCUGACUGUGUUCUGUCUGAGCGUGUUUGCUCUAAUAGGGCUGCAGCUGUUCAUGGGCAACCUGAGGAAUAAAUGUAUACAGUGGCCUCCCACCAAUGCUUCCCUGGAGGAACAUAGUAUACAGAAGAAUAUUACUAUGGAUAACAAUGGCACAAUUGUCAAUGAAACUGUCUUUGAGUUUGACUGGAAAUCAUACAUUCAAGAUACAAGGUAUCAUUAUUUCCUGGAGGGUGUUUUGGAUGCAUUACUAUGUGGAAAUAGCUCUGACGCAGGCCAAUGUCCAGAAGGCUACGUGUGUGUAAAAGCUGGUAGAAACCCCAAUUAUGGUUACACAAGUUUUGAUACCUUCAGCUGGGCUUUUUUAUCCUUGUUUCGACUGAUGACUCAGGACUUUUGGGAAAAUCUUUACCAGCUGACAUUACGUGCUGCUGGAAAAACAUACAUGAUAUUUUUUGUGCUGGUCAUUUUCUUGGGCUCAUUCUACCUAAUAAAUCUGAUCCUGGCUGUGGUGGCCAUGGCUUACGAGGAACAGAAUCAGGCAACACUGGAAGAGGCUGAGCAGAAAGAAGCUGAGUUUCAGCAGAUGCUUGAACAGUUAAAAAAGCAACAAGAGGCAGCUCAGCAGGCAGCAGCUACCACGGCCUCAGAGCAUUCCAGAGAGCCCAGUGCAGCAGGCAGACUCUCGGAUAGCUCCUCUGAAGCCUCCAAGUUGAGUUCCAAGAGUGCAAAGGAAAGAAGAAAUCGCAGGAAGAAAAGAAAACAGAAGGAGCAGUCUGGUGGGGAAGAGAAAGAUGAAGACGAAUUCCAUAAAUCUGAAUCUGAAGACAGCAUCAGAAGGAAAGGCUUUCGCUUUUCCAUUGAAGGGAACCGAUUGACCUAUGAAAAGAGGUACUCUUCCCCACACCAGUCAUUGUUGAGCAUCCGUGGCUCCCUAUUUUCUCCAAGGAGAAAUAGCAGAACAAGCCUAUUCAGCUUCAGAGGACGAGCAAAGGAUGUGGGUUCUGAGAACGACUUUGCUGAUGAUGAGCACAGCACCUUUGAGGAUAACGAAAGCCGGAGAGACUCCUUGUUUGUACCCCGACGUCACGGAGAGCGCCGCAACAGUAACCUCAGUCAGACCAGUAGGUCAUCCCGGAUGUUGGCGGUGUUUCCAGCGAAUGGGAAGAUGCACAGCAGUGUGGAUUGCAAUGGUGUGGUUUCCUUGGUUGGUGGACCUUCAGUUCCUACAUCGCCUGUUGGACAGCUUCUGCCAGAGGUGAUAAUAGAUAAGCCAGCUACUGAUGACAAUGGAACGACCACUGAAACUGAAAUGAGAAAGAGAAGGUCAAGUUCUUUCCACGUUUCCAUGGACUUUCUGGAAGAUCCUUCCCAAAGGCAAAGAGCAAUGAGCAUAGCCAGCAUCCUAACAAAUACAGUGGAAGAGCUUGAAGAAUCCAGACAGAAAUGCCCACCAUGUUGGUAUAAAUUUUCCAAUAUAUUCUUAAUAUGGGACUGUUCUCCGUACUGGUUAAAAGUGAAACACAUUGUCAACCUGGUCGUGAUGGACCCAUUUGUUGACCUGGCCAUCACCAUCUGCAUUGUCUUAAACACUCUUUUCAUGGCCAUGGAACACUAUCCAAUGACAGAACAUUUCAAUAAUGUGCUUGCAGUAGGAAACUUGGUUUUCACUGGGAUCUUCACAGCAGAAAUGUUUCUGAAAAUUAUUGCCAUGGAUCCUUAUUAUUAUUUCCAAGAAGGCUGGAAUAUCUUUGAUGGUUUUAUUGUGACCCUUAGUCUGGUAGAACUUGGCCUCGCAAAUGUGGAAGGAUUAUCAGUGCUCCGUUCAUUCCGACUGCUCCGAGUUUUCAAGUUGGCAAAAUCUUGGCCAACAUUAAAUAUGCUAAUAAAGAUCAUCGGCAAUUCAGUGGGAGCUCUGGGAAAUCUAACCCUGGUGUUGGCCAUAAUAGUCUUCAUUUUUGCUGUGGUUGGCAUGCAGCUCUUUGGUAAAAGCUACAAAGAUUGUGUAUGCAAAAUUGCCAGUGACUGCAAACUCCCCCGCUGGCACAUGAAUGAUUUCUUCCACUCCUUCCUGAUCGUGUUCCGUGUCCUGUGUGGAGAGUGGAUAGAGACCAUGUGGGACUGUAUGGAGGUUGCUGGUCAAGCCAUGUGCCUUACUGUCUUCAUGAUGGUCAUGGUGAUUGGAAACCUUGUGGUCCUGAACCUCUUUCUAGCCUUGCUUCUGAGCUCAUUUAGUGCAGACAACCUUGCAGCCACUGAUGAUGACAAUGAAAUGAACAACCUUCAAAUUGCUGUUGACAGAAUGCACAAGGGGAUAGCUUAUGUUAAAAGAAAAAUAUAUGAAUUUAUCCAACAGUCCUUCGUCAGGAAACAAAAGAUUUUGGAUGAGAUUAAACCACUUGAUGAUCUAAACAAUAAAAAAGACAGUUGUAUGUCCAACCAUACAGCAGAAAUUGGGAAAGAUCUUGACUAUCUUAAAGAUGUAAAUGGAACCACAAGUGGCAUAGGAACCGGCAGCAGUGUUGAAAAAUACAUUAUUGAUGAAAGUGAUUACAUGUCAUUCAUAAACAAUCCUAGUCUUACUGUGACUGUACCUAUUGCUGUAGGGGAGUCUGACUUUGAGAACUUAAAUACAGAGGACUUCAGUAGUGAAUCAGAUCUGGAAGAAAGCAAGGAGAAACUUAAUGAAAGCAGUAGCUCGUCGGAAGGCAGCACUGUGGACAUCGGCGCACCUGCAGAAGAACAGCCUGUGGUAGAACCAGAAGAAACCCUAGAACCUGAAGCUUGUUUUACCGAAGGCUGUGUACAAAGAUUCAAGUGUUGUCAAAUAAGUGUGGAAGAAGGGAGAGGAAAACAGUGGUGGAACCUGAGAAGAACAUGUUUCCGAAUAGUUGAACAUAACUGGUUUGAGACCUUCAUUGUGUUCAUGAUUCUCCUUAGUAGUGGUGCUCUGGCGUUUGAAGAUAUAUAUAUUGAUCAGCGAAAGACAAUUAAGACUAUGUUAGAAUAUGCUGAUAAAGUUUUCACUUACAUUUUCAUUCUGGAAAUGCUUCUAAAAUGGGUGGCAUAUGGCUAUCAAACAUACUUCACCAAUGCCUGGUGUUGGCUGGAUUUCUUAAUUGUUGAUGUUUCAUUGGUCAGUUUAACUGCAAAUGCCUUGGGUUACUCAGAACUUGGUGCCAUCAAAUCUCUCAGGACGCUAAGAGCUCUGAGACCCUUAAGAGCCUUAUCACGAUUUGAAGGGAUGAGGGUGGUUGUGAAUGCCCUUUUAGGAGCAAUUCCAUCCAUCAUGAAUGUGCUUCUGGUUUGUCUUAUAUUCUGGCUAAUUUUCAGCAUCAUGGGCGUAAAUUUGUUUGCUGGCAAAUUCUACCACUGUAUUAACACCACAACUGGUGACAUGUUUGAAAUCACCGAAGUGAAUAAUCAUUCUGAUUGCCUAAAACUAAUAGAAAGAAAUGAGACCGCUCGAUGGAAAAAUGUGAAAGUAAACUUUGAUAAUGUAGGAUUUGGGUAUCUCUCUUUGCUGCAAGUUGCAACUUUCAAGGGAUGGAUGGAUAUAAUGUAUGCAGCAGUUGAUUCUAGAAAUGUGGAACUCCAGCCUAAGUAUGAGGAAAGUCUGUAUAUGUAUCUUUACUUUGUUAUUUUCAUCAUCUUUGGGUCCUUCUUCACCCUGAACCUGUUUAUUGGUGUCAUCAUAGAUAAUUUCAACCAGCAGAAAAAGAAGUUUGGAGGUCAAGACAUCUUUAUGACAGAAGAACAGAAAAAAUACUACAAUGCAAUGAAAAAAUUAGGAUCAAAAAAGCCACAAAAGCCUAUACCUCGACCAGGAAACAAAUUUCAAGGAAUGGUCUUUGACUUCGUAACUAGACAAGUUUUUGACAUAAGCAUCAUGAUUCUCAUCUGUCUUAACAUGGUCACAAUGAUGGUGGAAACAGAUGACCAGAGUGAAAAUGUGACUAACAUUUUGUCACGCAUCAAUCUGGUGUUCAUUGUGCUGUUCACUGGAGAGUGUGUGCUGAAGCUUAUCUCCCUGCGUCAUUAUUAUUUCACCAUUGGCUGGAAUAUAUUUGAUUUUGUGGUUGUAAUUCUUUCUAUUGUAGGCAUGUUUCUUGCUGAGUUAAUAGAGAAAUAUUUUGUGUCACCUACCCUGUUCCGUGUGAUCCGCCUCGCCAGGAUUGGCCGAAUCCUUCGUCUGAUCAAAGGAGCAAAGGGGAUCCGCACACUGCUGUUUGCUUUGAUGAUGUCCCUUCCUGCAUUGUUUAACAUCGGCCUCCUGCUCUUCCUGGUCAUGUUCAUCUACGCCAUUUUUGGGAUGUCCAACUUUGCCUAUGUUAAGAGGGAAGUUGGAAUUGAUGACAUGUUUAACUUUGAGACUUUUGGCAACAGCAUGAUCUGCCUGUUCCAGAUUACCACCUCUGCUGGGUGGGAUGGACUGUUAGCACCAAUUCUCAAUAGUAAACCACCUGACUGUGACCCUAAUAAAGUUAACCCCGGAAGCUCAGUUAAGGGAGAUUGUGGGAACCCAUCUGUUGGGAUUUUCUUUUUCGUCAGUUACAUCAUCAUCUCCUUCCUGGUGGUAGUGAACAUGUACAUCGCUGUCAUCCUGGAGAACUUCAGUGUUGCUACGGAGGAAAGUGCAGAGCCCCUGAGUGAGGAUGACUUUGAGAUGUUCUACGAGGUGUGGGAGAAGUUUGACCCUGAUGCAACCCAGUUCAUGGAAUUUGAAAAACUAUCUCAGUUUGCAGCAGCUCUUGAACCUCCUCUCAAUUUGCCACAACCAAACAAACUGCAGCUCAUUGCUAUGGAUUUGCCAAUGGUGAGCGGUGACAGAAUCCACUGUCUUGACAUCUUAUUUGCUUUUACAAAGAGGGUCCUAGGGGAAAGUGGAGAGAUGGAUGCACUACGAAUACAGAUGGAAGAGCGGUUCAUGGCUUCUAAUCCUUCCAAGGUCUCUUAUCAACCAAUCACUACUACUUUAAAACGCAAACAAGAGGAAGUAUCUGCUGUUAUUAUUCAGCGUGCUUACAGACGGCACCUUUUAAAGCGAACAGUAAAACAAGCUUCAUUUACAUACAACAAAAAUAAAAUCAAAAGUGGGGCUAAUCUUCUUGUGAAAGAAGACAUGAUAAUUGACAGAAUAAAUGAAAACUCUAUCACAGAGAAAACUGAUCUGACCAUGUCCACAGCAGCUUGUCCACCCUCCUACGAUCGGGUGACAAAGCCAAUUGUGGAGAAACACGAGCAAGAAGGUAAAGACGAAAAAGCCAAAGGGAAAUAAAAUUAAAUCAUUGAGUGACAAAUUGUUUACAGCCUGUGAAGGUGAUGUGUUUUUGUCAACAGGACUCCAUUAGGAGGUCAAUGCCAAACUGACUGUUUUUACACAAAUCUACUUAAGGUCAGUGCCUACAAUAAGACAGUGACCCCUUGUCAGCAAACUGUGUGACUAUAGUAAGGGGAGAUGACCUUGACCUUGACAGGAGGUUACUGUCCUCACUACCAGCUGACACUGCUGAAGACGAGACAAAUUGGCUGCUCAGACUGUAGGGACCAGUGAAAGGGGUUGCAAACCUGUAAUUUAGGGGUUGUUUAA